AUGCUGUCCCCCAGCGCUUCUACGGCGCCGUCGUCGCGCCCAGCGCUGCUGAUUCGCGUCUCGCAGGGAACAGCGGCGACGUUGCUAGGCCUGGCCGCAGGCCUCAACAUCCGCCAAGCAUCGCUGAACUCGGUCUUUCUGCAACUGCUGGGAUUCUGCUGUGCCCUUUCCGCGCUGCUGGCCACCUCCCGUGUGGUGCGGAGAGAUUGGAAGAAGUGCUUCCUAAGCCUUGGGCUUCUGGCCAAUGUGGCCGCUGUUCUGGCUCUUAUGGACGAGCAUGUGGUGAUUGAAAUCAUCUACGUCUUGGGCUUUCGUGAAGGUUUGUGGCACCUCUUAGGUCUGGUGCUUUGUGCCUUUUGCAUUUCGGCCAACUUCGUGGGCUUGGCCGUGCUGCCGGGCCAGGUCUUCACGGCCAGCCGCACCUUGGACCUGGGCGCUGCGGCCUGGAUCGACCUGGAGGCACGCUCGCCGGUGCCUGUCUGCUGCAUCUCCCUGUCGAUCCGUUGGAGCGUGAAACUCACACUGGUCACGGCCAUGGCUAGCUCGCUGGUGGCGGGUUUCUAUGUGGCCAUGCAUCCCAAGGUUGAGAGUGUUCUUCCCCUCCCUUUAGGCAUCACAUUGGCCCUGCUGCCGCCCAUUGUCACCGGCCUGGGUGCUGGCAGUGCUUGGGCCUGGCCUCAGGUGAUGAACCUCUCAGUUCGCACGCACUUGGCCCGGCGCAGCCUGGCCGUGGCGCUCUUCGGGGCCGUGGCGCUGCUGACGGCCUGGAUAGCGCGGCUACUGGAGUUGCAAAGCAACUGGACCAGUUGCGAGAAUCUGCUGACCGAAUGUUCUGCCUUGGCAAAUCGUGGUGAUUGCGACGCAGCGAGCCAGUAUUUUGACUACAUGAUGGAGCAUUGCAAGAAGGCUUGUCGCGCCUGUGCCAUGUCUCAUUGGGGCUUGGGUGGUGAUCUUCUUCUGGUGCUCCACACUACGGUUGUGGUGCAGACCUUGAGAUUUGCUUUUCUCUUCCACCAGUCCACCAUGCAAUUGGUCAUUGCUGACCAUUUGACCGAGCCAGAGACGCCUUUCCAGGCCUUUGAGGAAACUACGGCGCCCAAGGCGUGGCCCCGGAAUGAGACGGAACUGGUCGAAGCAGCACAUGCCACAGCUCGUGGCUCCAGCAGUGUAGAGGACUCAAGGACUCAGCACCAGGAGCCCAACGAAGCAGCGCGGAGUUUGUUGGCGGAGCACCAGGCAGAUGCUGAGAGCGCCAGUCCACUGCCGCGUGUGAUGGAGCCGGAAGCCGACCUGCCGUCCUUGGGAUCGCCGCAGGACCGCAAGUCGGAUGAUGACGAUGCCAGCUUCUACGAGUGCGAAUCGCUUGCUGGAGACCAGUGA